AGCGUAGGACCAGGAGGAAGAAGAGAAGAAGAAUAAAUGUGACUGGAUAACGUGGACUAUAGAGUUAACACUAAGCAGGUGCUGGCCUCUAGCGGCGUUUACACAACGUGCGGCGGCUGAACACCACUUCACGUCGGCUACGGGAUCCAUAUGCGUGCUCGAGCAAAGCUUAACAAAGCGAUGGGGACUUGAGCAAACGUGCUGCUAAGAAGAGUCUGAAUCACACCAGCAACUAGAUACGCUUGAAAACACAACCGUAGUGUUCGACAGCCGCUUAAUCGGUGACGGAAAACUUGUCAACUCCGUGGAAAAAAAGCGAUGGACCCGAGAGACACAGCCCCGGAUUCGUGGGAGCUGGAGGAUGAUACCGAGGCCACGGCUACCGCGGCGGGGCUGCCAAGCGCCUUCGCCGCUCUGAACGUGAACGCCAAGCCGUUCGUGCCCAACAUCAACGCCCCGGUGUUCGUGCCGAGCUUCCUUCAGGGCAGCGCCGCGGAAACACCGGCAUCUGACGGUGCCCCUGAACCAGCGGCCAGCAUGGAGGUGGCAGAAACAGCCGCCCCGGUGGAGAACGGAAGCACUGAGGCCGACAUGACCACUGAGGAGGAGACGUGGGAGCAGAAGGAGGAGCCCGGAGGAGGUGGCGGUGGUGGAGGACAGGGUGAACAGGGGGCAGGAGGUGCCGUUGAGGAAGGCGCCCCGAAGGAGGAGGAGGAGAUGAUGGAAGAGGAAGAGGAGGAAGUGCCUGUACCUAAGAUAACUCCAAUAAUGCCCGAUGCCCCUAAGAAAGAACACGUGAACGUGGUGUUCAUCGGUCACGUCGAUGCUGGAAAAUCAACCAUUGGAGGGCAGAUCAUGUAUCUAACUGGAAUGGUGGAUAAAAGAACCCUGGAAAAAUAUGAAAGAGAAGCUAAAGAAAAGAACAGGGAGACAUGGUACCUGUCAUGGGCUCUGGACACAAACCAGGAGGAGAGAGACAAAGGGAAGACGGUGGAGGUCGGACGGGCCUAUUUUGAGACGGAGAAGAAACAUUUCACUAUCCUGGAUGCCCCCGGUCACAAGAGCUUUGUCCCCAACAUGAUCGGUGGAGCGUCCCAAGCUGACCUGGCUGUCCUUGUGAUUUCUGCGAGGAAGGGUGAGUUUGAGACAGGCUUUGAGAAGGGAGGACAAACGCGGGAACACGCCAUGCUGGCUAAGACAGCAGGAGUCAAGCACCUCAUUGUCCUGAUUAAUAAGAUGGAUGACCCCACUGUCAACUGGAGCCUGGAAAGGUAUGAAGAGUGUAAGGAGAAGCUUGUGCCAUUCUUGAAGAAAGUGGGCUUCAACCCUAAAAAGGACAUUCACUUUAUGCCUUGUUCUGGACUCACGGGUGCCAAUCUCAAGGAACUUGUAUCUGACUGUCCAUGGUACACAGGUUUGCCAUUUAUACCCCACCUGGACAGUUUGCCAAACUUCACCAGAUCCAGUGACGGUCCAGUCAGACUACCUAUCGUCGACAAGUACAAGGAUAUGGGCACCGUCGUCCUUGGGAAGCUGGAGUCUGGAUCCAUCAGUAAGGCCCAGCAGUUGGUCAUGAUGCCAAACAGGCACACUGUGGAAGUGCUGAGUCUGCUGAGUGAUGAUUUGGAGACGGAGGAUGCUGCCCCUGGGGAGAAUCUGAAGUUAAGGCUGAAGGGCAUCGAAGAGGAAGAAAUCCUCCCUGGUUUUAUCCUGUGCAGCCCCGACAACCUCUGCCACUCUGGACGUACAUUUGACGCACAGAUUGUCAUCAUUGAGCACAAAUCUAUUAUUUGUCCUGGUUACAAUGCAGUCCUUCACAUCCACACAUGCAUUGAAGAAGUGCAAAUCACGGCCUUAAUCUGUAUGGUGGACAAGAAAACCGGCGAGAAGAGCAAAACGCGACCACGUUUUGUGAAGCAGGACCAGGUUUGUAUUGCUAGGCUGCGAGCGGCGGGAGUUAUCUGCUUAGAGACCUUCAAAGAUUUCCCUCAAAUGGGGCGAUUCACCCUGCGAGAUGAAGGCAAAACUAUUGCCAUCGGCAAAGUUAUGAAGCUGGUGUCAGAAAAGGACUAAAUACAACCGGGGCUGCCUGCAUGGAGUUCUUCCACUCGAUACCAGAGGAGAAAUGCUGCUAAGAGCCGACCCAAACAGCUACUCUCUCUUUACACACAACCAUGCUGAAGAGACCAACCUCCAACGACCGGAUGCCAAGAGGGAGAAAAUUAAAAAAAAAAAAUAUUAUCAAAUGAAGAAAAACAAAAUCAGAACAGAUUCAAUUUAUUUAGUCUUUUUCCUUUUUUAACAAAAAUGAUGAACAACAUCUAACAGGAGACCAAGUCCAUCCAGUGUGUCAGCUUUCUCAUAUUGAGAGCUCAGCUAUGCCACUUAAUGUAGCCCCACCCCCUCCUUCUGUACUCCCACUGUGCUGUUGGCAGUCAGGGCCAUGCCAUUUGUUCUUAGAAUGGAGAUGGAUGCAGUGUUUCCAACUUUUGGGGAAGAAAACAAAAAAAAAAAACAAAUGAAAAUAAAAAAUAGAUAAAAAAUCUAUAGAGUGAUUUCAUAUUGUGUAAAAGAGCAGAGUUAGCCUGUAGUUCUGAUUUGCAACAAGUCUCCCUUUUUUCUGAGUGGGAAUUAAAAAGAUUCCAAUGAAGAUUUUAUUUGGUUUUAAGAAUUGCUGUAACCAAAUUGUUUUAGUUUGAUGUCUCUCCACAUGAGAUUGUUUAAUUGGACAGAGCUUGGAAAAAAAACUGACGGACAAAUGAUGUACACACAACUUACACACACACACACACACACACACAGCUGUUACAUAAUCUAAAUCUGAAAUAAAGAUCAUGCUGCAAUGGAAA